AUGUCUGGCUAUAUACUCUUAAAUAUCCUGUUUUACCUUCAAGCUCUAUUAAAUCUUUUCUUCGCAAGUGUCAAAACAAGCUUGAGUCCUGAAAAGUUGAAGAAACAACAGGGUUGUGUUCAAUAUCAUGACAGGGAACAUCAUGAAAAACUAAACCAGGCAGAUAUAAAAAAGGUCAUGAACAGGUUAGGAUUGGUGCUUCAUGAAGACGGCUUGGGUGGUGACGAGGGGUUCGGUGCAGAUGAGCUAUUAAGUUUAUUCGAGGAAGAGGAACCCUGCAGCUUGGAGGAGGUGAAGGAAGUUUUUGACGUGUUUGAUGAGAACAAAGAUGGGUUUAUAGAUGCAAGAGAGUUGAACAGAGUGAUGUGUCGUUUGGGUUUGAAGGAAGGGAUGGAAGUAGAGGAGUGUUCAAGAAUGAUCCAAGCCGUUGGAGAGGAUAGGAAGGAAAAGAUCGAUUUCAACGACUUUUUCAGGUUUAUGGAGAGGUGUUACUACUGA